AUGUUGUUUAGUAAAAAAGGAUUCAUACCACUGAAAACACUUUACAGACUAAUAAUGAGAAUUCUUUGGGACACCGGUGUGUUCGAACACACGUGGAAAGAGCUGGAGCUGUGGCUGGAGCACCUGGACAGCACUGCAGAUGAGCACAAGGAAACCAUCAUUCAGUUCCAGGAGCAUAUUGUACUGACACUGGUGGUGAGCCCUUCCUCAUACACGGACAAAGCUUCUGAGUUUGUUCAGGAAGCCAGCACUGUGCAGGCCACUGUGGGGAAGCAAGACACAGAUGAUGUCAGCAUUCCCAUCUCCCACAUCGAUGAUGUGCUGGACAUGGUAGAUGUCCUGGUGGAAGGCAGCGAGGGCCUGGAUGAGGACAUCGGGUUAAAUGAAGACAUGGUUCUGCUCACCUUCCCCUUCAGUGCUCUGGUCCCUGCAGCUCUGGAAGCCAGGAAUAAGCUUCUCCUUGGGACAGAAAGUAAAGCAGGGGAAAGCAUCCUGGCAUAUCUGAUUACCGUGCUGACUGACCUCCUCCAUACCCAGAGAGACCCCCUAGCUCUGUGUCUUCUGCUCCAGUCUUAUGACAAGUUUCAGCCUGCCAGCUUUCUCUGCUGUCAUCAGCUUGCCAGGUUUCACAGAUACACAUACAGCCUGUGGAUCCCUGAGCAGGCUCAGGAGGUCUUGCCACUGCAGGUGCCCAGCAGCUCUGUACCCCAUGUUUCCCCGUCAUCAUCUCGCUUCUUCACCUUGCUGCAAACACCAUCGUAUGAGAGCUGCACUCUUGGGGACAGGAGCAUUCAGACACAUCUGCUAGCUGCUGUCCGGCGUCUAACUCUGCAGCAGGUGCUGCGCGCAGCCACACAGGUGCUGCUGUAUCUCAAGAGCACUGUGGAAAACUUCAACCAGCUGGACAAAAGUGUGGGCCCAACCCUCCUGCAGCUCCUCCUGGAUCUUCUUAAGCACCUGGUUGUCCACGCAGAACAGCUGGAUGCCCAGAACCAGCAGAAAGUGGAGGCCGCCGGUGCAGAGUCUGAUCUGUUUUUGGACAUGGAGUCUGUUGCUUCACUCAAGUUGGCUGCUGACAAGACAAUAGAGGAGUUGCUGGUGGCCGUCCUUAAACAUCCCACACUGGAGAGUUGGUUUCUAGCCCUGGAACGGAAAGCCUUGCCUCCACACACGCUCAGCCCCACCCUUGCGAAGCUCCUAGCAGCCCGCUUGAGUGCAGGUGUCCUUCAGCUGCUGGUGACAUGCUCCCCAAUUCUCCAUAAACUGGGUCAGUUGGGCCUCCUGGCAAAGUACUCAGAAGCCGUCACCCAAAGUGUGUUGAGAGAGCUGUGCACCAGGACUGUGAGUUCUUCGACAGCACCCAAGACCCUGCCUCAGCUGGAGGCCCUGCGGGAGCUGCAUCCCUACAUGGAAAGUGUCCAGAUCCGAGAGGUCACCCUGGCCCUGCUGGGACUGCCAGAGGCCCAGUUGCUGACCCAGCAAGCCCCACAGUCCCCAGGGAAGGAGAGACAACUGAGCAGUCUGGGGAAGACCCUGGUAGAACAGUUGACAAGCAGCCCCCAUGAUAGGCUGCAGAGCAGUGAGCUCCUCUGAUGGGCCGAGUAUGUCCGAGGCCUGGGGGCUCUGCUCCCCUCUCUGGCCGAGCAUGAGCUGGACACUGUAUUUCUUCAGACUCUGCAGAGAGACCCUGUGCUGGCCACUGUGGUCCCAACUGAUGUCCUUGAGUACUGCCUGGUCCGACGGACAAAGGCAUCCCUGGGUAUUGCCAGCCUGCUUUUGCAACACAGCAGCACCCACCUACUGAAGUUUGAGCUGUGGUGUGGGCAGCCUGGUGUGGGGCUCUUGCAGGAGCACCUGGAUGACUUCCUCCUGCUUAUCCAUGUAUAUCUCCAGCACAGGACUCAAGGAGGCUUCACGAGGCCAGCAGGAGUGCGCUCUGCUGUCACUCCUGUCUUGAAGGCGCUAUGGAGGUAAGUGUGACACAGGCUUGUUCAUGUUGAUGGUCUCUGCAAACAUGAGCCACAUCUGGAGGCGAUGGCCCAGCUCAUUCCAUUUGCAAGAACCAAAGACCUGCAUGCUGUCAUGGACCAUUUACCCACCUUGCUUCCAACUCUGCAUAGUCACAAGAGUUGGAUCGUGGCUGACUAUGUCUCAGCAGCCUUGGCAGAGUCCGCAGAAGAGCUGGGUGCCUGGAGGAAGACCCUCCUGGGGUCCUGUGUGCAGUGGCUGGUUGUGUCCUUCAGUGCCAGGGAGCCAGGGGAUGAAAGCACCCAGGAGCAAGAGAAGCCAAUGCUGCUCCGUGUAAGCAAGUUGUUGCAUGCACUUAAAGACGUUGACCCUGGUGACUGGCAGCAGUUUGUGAAGACCGGACUCAGAUUUCAGUACCAGGACCUCACCUUUUUGAAGACUCUGCUUGAUGCCAUGGAGCUCCUGUAUAGUCCAGAAAGCUCCGUACACAUGAAACUUGUCCAGCUCCCUGUGUUGCACAUGAUGCUCACACAGCACUCUCUGUUUCUGCCAACCAUGCUGACAUCUGAAGAAGUGGGCAAUGUGGACAGCCACGGAAAAGAAGCCCUGGUGGACCUGAUGUACUCAGUGGUGAAGUUGUGCCCUUCCGUCUGUGAGAACAGCCACUUUGCUGUGCUACUUGGGACCUACAGUGCCACCCUCAGUGUCUUGGACCAAAAGAUUUUACUUCUCCUUCGGGCAUAUGAACAGAACCACCUCAGUCUCAUCAGCUUCAGGGUUCUGCUAUGGGGCCCAGCAGCUAUUGAACAUCACAAGACAUGCCAAAGCCUAGGAAAGUCACUGUGGCAGCAGCCAAGGGUUGGGGACAUCCUCUGCCUGCUGGACCCUGACCGUACGAUGCGAACCAUCCUGCACUUCCCACAGCACCGGAGGCUGCUGCCCACUGAGGACUCAGGGGAGCCACUGAUGUUUAAAGAUAAUACUGUGAGAGUGGACCUCGACAGUCUCUAUGACCCCUGCUUUCUCCUCCAUCUCUGGGAAUUGACCAGACCAGUUGGAGUGUGUUCACCAUGUAUACUUCAGAUCUUGAAACCAGAGUAGCACAUGUACUGGAAGAUCAGCAAGUUUCUGCUAUCACAUGAGAACUUGAACAUGGACAAACUUCCAGGUUUCUACCAGUUCUUCUACAGCUCUGACUUCCAGCAAAAAACUGAACAAGAAUGGGUGCUGGGAAUUCUGCGUCAGCGGAUUAGAGACAAACAGUGCUAUGAGCUGUGCUCCAGGAGAGGGGUGUUCCACACCCUCCUGUCCUUCUUCAGCAGCCCCUUGUGUGACCAAGGGCCCAGGUGAGCAUCUCAGAAUUGGAUUUUGGAAAUUCUGCAGAAUGUUGCCCUCAUCACCAGAUCUGCCUAUGAAAUCAUACGUGACUAUAGCCUUUUAACAUGGAUCUUACACAUCCUUGAGAGUGGAUUUGUGGAGACUCAGCUGCUCUCCAAUGUCAUCUCCUUGCUACACACCCUGUGGGUGACCAACCUGGGCAGCAGAGAAGGGGAGCAGGGGAAGCAGCCACCUGGCCGGCCUGGCUCCCAAGAGUCCCAGAAGAUGCUGGCCCUGCACAUCGUCAAUGAGUUCCUGUAUGUCCUCAUCGCACUUACAAAGCACCUGAGGCCAUCCUUGACCUCUGCCCAGCUGAUCAGCUUCUUCUGGACACUGGAUUCUGUGCUGAGUUAUCGGGCCACCAUUCUAAAGACCUUCAAGGACAUGGGCCGAUUCACUGUGAACAAGGUGACACUUUCCACCAAAGAUGUCCUGGUCCUCCUGCAUAAGUGGAGCCUCAUUGAAAGAGACACAGAGCUCCAAGGAGCCCUGAAAGCCAUCAUUGAGCAGCACCAAGACAAGGACCUAAUGAAAAUGCUCAAGGAUAAGAACAAGCCUGUGACAGCCGCCCAUGCCAAGGGCCCACGAGACCGAAGGAAGAGGCAUGUAGAGGUGGAGGAGGCUGCUGAGCUCGGGCUGGAAGCAUGUAGUUUAGAGACAUGCAAGGACCUCCUGAGAGCCACACUGACUCACUGGGGUCCCGUUGUCUCCACCCCUGGCCCCACCCAGGAGUCUGUGUGCCAGGCUACCCCUGGGAGUAGGACACUGGGCUCUACGGAUGCUGCUGUUUCCUUGGUGGCCAGCUGGGUGUUGCGGUCGUUGGCUGACAGCCCCCUCAGCAGGGCAGAGGCCACAAGACUCCUUGACUGGCUCAAGAGCCACAUUUUGCCACACCCAGUGGUGGUAGCAGACCUUCUCAAGGACAGUGCUGUGAAGAGCGGCAUCUUGCGGCUCUAUAGUCGCCACUGCGGUGCCCAGGGCCUGGUAGGGCCAGCACAGGACGUGGCCUGCAAGUUCAGCGUUGUCAUGCUGUGGUUGUUGUAGGCCCAGGGCCCAGUAGAUGGUCCUUUCCACCCAGUGGUGGAGGCCCUGCUCCUGGAUUGCCUGGAUGAGAAGUAUGAAGCCAAGCGAGCUUCCACAGCAUUCCUGGUGUCUCUGUACAUUAAGGACAUCUGGCUGGGGGCCCAGCAGCCAGACACCUUCCUUGCUCAUGUCAGAAUGGUCUGUGAGGCUGCAAAGGAUGGGCCUCGUGAUGAGGCGGAGGACAUCGUUGUGCUCUGCAGGAGUAUCAGCUCAGAUGCUUGACUCACCCUGCUGACCAGCGCU